AUGUGGCGAGUGGACUCCUGCCCAGUUGCCUUUGGCCGGAAGAAGAAGGACCCCGGAGCGGCGAAGGCGAAAGCGAAGGCUCCUGCCUCGCACUUUGAGCCACCCGCGUCGCCAGAGGCCGUCUCCGCUUCUCCCAAGCAGAGCGCGACCACCGGGAGGCCAAAGGUCUUUUUGGAGAUCGCCAUCUUCCGCGGAGCUUUCUUCGGGGUGGACCAUCAGCAGUCCUUGGAGUUCGAACUCUUCCCCGAGGUGGCGCCCAAAGCGGUUCGGCGGCUGCUGGAGGACUGCGCAGCUUUGCGGCUCAGGGACCGGCGCCUGCAGGUGACUCAAAGCCUGGCCACCUUGGAGGGCGGGGACCUGGGGGAGCCACAAGCGGAGACCGGCUGUGGCAUGAAGCACACGGAGCCGGGCAUGUUGUCAGUGGCCCGCGGGGCAGACUUCGCAGGCUAUUUGCUGACCUUGGCGCCUUUGCCGCGCCUGGACCGCGAGCACCGAGCCUUUGGACGCCUGGUGCAGGGGGAAGCCUUUCUGCAGCACAUCCGCGAUGCCCACAACUCCGAGUGCAAGGACUCGGCCACAUGA